AUGAAAGGAGCAUAUGAAAUGGCUCAUGGGGCUCUUGAUUUGAUACAGCCCCAUGAACCAUGGGAUCACUGUGCCUCUGCAGGAUUUCCAGCUCCAAUUUCUAACCCCUUCCCAAAGCCAGUGAUUGAAAAUCGCUGCGUGAACUUGGAGAGGAAUGAGCUCUCUGAGUGGGUAGAACAUGUAACAAAGCAGCUCAUUGAUGACUUGCUGGAUACGGAAACUCAUGACAGCUUGCAAACAGACACAAGAAUGGUCUAUGGGGACAACAAUAUUGUCCCGUCACUCUUGGAUGAUCACUUUAGGCCGAAGAAAUCUACGAGGAGAAGCUAUUUUGAUGGCAAUGGGGAAGAGCUCCAGUGGAGCCAUGAGCUUGGAGAACACCAAGCAAGCAUUUCUGAAAAAGAAGGGAGUGCUAGAUCAAGCAUGAGUAGGAUAGAUGAAAACGGUUUGAACUUAAUAACCCUACUGUUGGAGUGUGCUGUUGCUAUAUCAGUUGAUAAUCUUGGUGAAGCUCAUAGAAUGUUGCUUGAGCUGACUCAGAUGGCUUCUCCUUACGGCCCUUCUAGUACUGCUGAAAGGGUUGUGGCUUAUUUUUCUAAGGCCAUGGGUAGUAGGGUUAUAAACUCGUGGUUAGGUAUUUGUUCUCCAUUAAUCAACCACAAGAGCGUUCAUAGCGCCUUCCAAGUCUUUAACAAUGUCUCUCCUUUUAUCAAAUUUGCUCACUUCACCUCCAACCAAGCAAUCCUUGAAGCUUUUCAACGUCGCGAUAGCGUUCACAUCAUCGACCUUGAUAUCAUGCAAGGCUUGCAAUGGCCGGCCUUAUUUCACAUCCUGGCCACCAGAAUUGAGGGUCCACCCCAAGUUCGAAUGACCGGCAUGGGCUCAUCAAUGGAAGUCUUGGUGGAGACAGGGAAACAACUUUCCAAUUUCGCUAGGCGACUCGGACUGCCAUUUGAGUUCCACCCAAUUGCAAAGAAAUUUGGAGAAAUUGACGUGUCAAUGGUGCCACUCAGGAGGGGUGAAACACUAGCCGUGCAUUGGCUACAGCAUUCCCUCUAUGAUGCCACAGGACCUGAUUGGAAGACAUUGAGACUUCUUGAAGCAUUGGCCCCAAGAGUGAUCACAUUAGUUGAGCAAGACAUCUCUCAUGGUGGAUCUUUCUUGGACCGUUUCGUAGGCUCUCUGCAUUACUACUCAACACUGUUUGAUUCCCUUGGUGCAUAUUUGCAUUGCGAUGAUCCAGGCAGGCACCGGAUAGAGCAUUGCCUUCUCUACAGAGAAAUCAACAAUAUAUUGGCAAUAGGAGGGCCUGCACGAAGCGGUGAGGACAAGUUCAGGCAUUGGAGAAGUGAGCUAGCUAAGAACUCUUUUAUGCAGGUGGCAAUGAGUGGAAACUCGAUGGCUCAAGCACAACUUAUAUUGAACAUGUUCCCUCCUGCUCACGGCUAUAACCUUGUGCAAGGAGAUGGAACUUUGAGGCUGGGUUGGAAGGAUACUAGCUUGUUCACUGCAUCUGCUUGGACUUCACGUGCUUCUAGAUAG